AUGCCCCUGAGUCACACGAGUCAGCUCUGGAAGCUGGAAGAAGACCCGGGAGAAGCCCAGGGCCUGGUCAAUGCCCAGCUGCCAGAGGCUGAGGAUGAAGACGAAGUUUCCUCUGGCCUGUUCUUUGUGACCCCAGAGGAGGGGUCUGACACUGCCUGGAGUCCUCCCCAGAGCCCUCAGAGUGCAGGGCCCUCCCCCUGUGGCAGGGCACCUAGUGGCUGGAGCCAGGUGGAGUUUGCUGGCCCCAGUGGCCCAGAGGAGGAGAUCUGGAACCCCUGGGAGGUGCCCGAAUAUGCGCAGCCCUCUGCCCAAGGAGGAGACCCAAUGCUCAUGAGUGGGGCUGACCUGGUGGGGUUCCUGCUCCGCAAGUAUCUCAACAAGCAGCCCACCAGCCAGGCAGAGGUGCUGGAGGUCCUCAGCCCAGAUAUGCAGGAUGCCUGGCCCGAGAUCUGGGGUCAAGCCUGUGAGUGCAUGCAGCUGGUCUUUGGCGUGGAAGUGAAGGAAGUGGAUCCUAUCGCACACUCCUACGCCCUGGUCACCAUCCUGGGCCUCAGCUACGAUGGGAUGCUGAGCGGUGAGCAGGGCCUGCCCACGACCGGCCUCCUGGUGCUGCUCCUGGGGGUGAUCCUCCUGGAGGGCGACCGUGCCCCCGAGCAGGAGGUGUGGGAAGCCCUGGGGGUCGUGGGGGUGUUUGCCGGCAGGCAGCACGUCAUCUAUGGGGAGCCCAGGGAGCUCCUCACCCACGUCUGGGUGCAGGAAGGCUACGUGGAGUACCGGCAGGUGGCGGGCAGCGACCCUGCCCGCUACGAGUUCCUGUGGGGGCCCAGGGCCCACGAGGAAACCAGCAAGCUGCGGGUCAUGGAGUAUGUGCUAUGGGUUAAUAGCAGGUGGCCGGUUUCCUCCCUGGCCCCGUUUGAUGAGGAAGAGUGGGCCUGA